UGAAUAUGCAUCUACUCUUGGGACGAACAAAUUGUGUUUUUAAAUGCAAACAGUGUCUUUCCCAAUUAAUUCCAUUUCCUCACUCUCAUUCUCACCCGCCGAUUAAGGAAGAUGAGCGGAAGGGCUGCUGUAUCUGCAAUCGAUCUCGUUCAUGGAAGUGGAAUUCUCAAUCGAUUGCUUCGUAAAUCGGAAAGUGUUUUUGAGAAGUCCGUCGGAUGUCCGUCCCACUGUGGAUGUUCAAAGGAGGCGGAAGCUGUGAAAUUGUUCCAAAAGAUGAGCAGAAGGGCUGCUGUAUCUGCAAUCGAUCUCGUUCAUGGAAGAGGAUUUUUCAAUCUAUGCUCGAAUAAAACGGGUAUUCUCUCUCCUCCAUUAUCUCUCUUCUCUUCCAAGGCUUUUCAACCUAAGCGGCGCACGAUAGAUUUCAGUAGUGUUAAAGAAUUAGAUGAUGCUGUUAAAUUGUGGAAAAAUGAAGAAUAUGCGGCAUGAGCCUUCUAUUCUAGUGUACAACAAUCUUAUGAGUGUUUGUGUAAAGAUUGAGCAGUAUUCUUUUGCCCUUAAUGUGUUCGAUGAAAUGCUCCCUGUUAAUUGUUACACUAUUGAGUAUUGUAAUUAACUGUUGCUGUCACUUGAAAGAUAUAAACUCUGGUUUUGCUAUAAUGGCCUUCUUUUUCAAGAGCGGUUACGAACCAGAUGUCACGACAGUUGGUACUCUCAUUAAAGGGUUGUUUUUAGAGAGUAAGGAGGCGGAAGCUGUGAAAUUAUUCCAAAAGGUUCUGGAUUUAAAAGUUUGCGAGCCUAAUGGUGUUAUGAUUCUGCACUUGAUAGAUGGGUUAUGCAAAACUGGACAAGUCAUUGCAGCUUAUGAUUGGGUUUGUAGAUUAGAAAGUGUCAAAU